UUAAGCCAUGCAGUGGGGAAUCCACACCAUCAGGUGAAAGGAAUCCUGGGAGGAUCAGUCUUGAUUCCUGCCAACGUAUCUCAAGGAAUAACAGUGGAGAAAAUGGAAUGGGACUUUUACCCUGAAAGUGGUGGCCUGGGCUAUUGGCUGGGGGAAUUCAGUCAUGGGAAACUGGAGCACUCAAGUCCCUCUGAUCGGUUUGGACAACGACUAGACAUGGUGGACGAGACAACACUGAGGAUCAAAGGCCUGGAGUUGGAUGACAGUGGGAUCUACAAUGCUCGCAUCUGGUUUAUGAAAUCACGGUUUCAAGAACAGAGUUUCAGCCUCACUGUUUAUGAGCAUGUGCCAACACCCCAGAUGCUCCAUCUAGCGGUAUCCAGUACUCCAGAGGGAUGUAAUGUGACCCUGCAAUGCCAGACACCUGGAAGGGAAGAACUCAAGGUCUCCUGGGAAAGAGGGGAUCCCCCCAGGGCCUUAGAAAGCAGCCUGGAUGAGUUCCAGCUUUCUGAUAGUGGGAGGCAGCUCCAUGUCUCCUGGCAGACCAUGCCUUCUGACUCCACAUUCACAUGCCUGGUCAGCAACCCUGUCAGUGAAAAGCGAGCCUCAUUUGACUUGUUCCACAUCUGCUCAAGUACUGAAGGUGAACACACUGGAACCUGGAAGAUCCGAUAA